CUUUAUAAAAGAAACGUUGGUUUCCCAGUUGAGGGCAUUGUACUGAUUUCUUAUGAACUGAAUUCACUUGGAUCUUCUCUGCCGACAGAAGAUGCAAGACAUUUCACCAGAGAGACGGUGCACAAGGAAAAAGAGCUGUUUUUUGUUCAAGUACCUGAAAAAUAUCUUUGAAUCGGUGCCUCCAAUUCUAUAUGAUCCCUACUGCAUCCAUGUUAGCUAUUUUGCUGCAAUUUCUUUAGUGGGUUUGAUUCCUUUGAGAUUUUCACCCACUAAAAGCAAACGAUACUUGAAUGUGCUUGAUGCAUUUUAUACUAGUGUGUCAGCUGCAACUGUAAGCAGCUUGGGAGUUGUUGCCAUGGAAGAUCUCUCUCACUUCCACCUCGUAGUGAUGACCAUACUCAUGCUUCUAGGUGGAGAAGUUUUCACGUCCUUAUGCUCUCUCCACCUUGCAAGGAUUAGGCUUAGGCUCAGGAUCAGGCUUCAACGUUCAAACCUGCACCACAACUCAAUGAAUAGUACUCAAAUGCUAGAAUUGCAUCGUUACCAGAGCACAAGUGAUCAGGGUAAAUCUACAACACACCUUGAUCAAUAUCUCCAUGGAAAAGAUCAGAUGAGAAAAGAAUCAAUACUGAGACCUAACAAGGCUAUGACUGGUCCCGAGGAUAUCAUUGAUGAUGAUUUAGAAAACUUGGAGAUGAAUGGUUCAAGGAACAUGGCAGUAGAAGAGUGUCAUAACGAGGUUCAAAGUGAUGCUGACAACGUCCUGGAUGAUGAUUUAGAAUACCAAGCUCUUACUUUUCUCUGCUAUUUAUGUCUAGGAUAUUUUCUGUUUGUUCAGCUAGUUGGUUUUGUUCUCGUUUACAUCUAUUUUUGUGUAUCCAGAGGUGGAGAGAGGAUUCUAAGUGACAGAGGCGUAAGUAAGUCUCUGUUUGUAGUGUUUACAGUGAUAUCAUCAUUUGCCAAUUGUGGGUUCACUCCAUUGAGCGAUAAUAUGAUGCCCUUAAGAAAGCACAGUGUUUUGCUUAUGAUAUUGGCGUUUCAGAUACUCCUGGGGAAUACAAUGUUUGGUCCCUGCUUCUCAGCCAUCUUUCUGACACUGCGAAGAUUUUCAAGAGAAGAGGGUAGGAGAAAAAUAUACGAUUAUAUAGAGAAAAAUGGGCACAGACUGUUUGCAGAUCACUUCUUCUCCAGAAGACAAAACAUGUGGCUCCUUCUUUGCGCUGUGGGAUUUCUCACAAUUGAGGUAGUUAUGAUAUUUGCAUUGCAUUGGAAUACGGUAGCUCUGGAUGGGCUUACAGUGGGCGAGAAGGUGAUUGGUGGGGUGUUUCAAUCUGUGUCCAUUAGGCACUCUGGCGAAAAUAUCGUCAAUCCACAGCUUCUCUCUCCUGCUCUCCUCGUUAUCUACAUCGUCUUCAUGUAUUUACCACCCUAUCCAUUCUACAAGGAGAGACGAGAUAUCAUGAAUAUUAAACCAUUGUCAAAGGAGGAGUCAAAGAAGUGGAGUAUUCUUACACAAUUUGAAAAGUUAGUUAUGCAUGAUUCAUGCUAUCUUCUUAUAGCAGUUAUACUCAUUUGCAUUAUAGAAAGCCACAACCUUUCUCAAGACCCACUUAACUUCAAUGUUCUGGCGAUCGUCUUUGAAGUUGUAAGUGGAUAUGGAAAUGUGGGAAUUUCUCUAGGCUACAAUUGCAUCCUCUUUAGCAAGAUGUCUAAACAUUAUUGCGAAGAUGUGCCUUAUAGUUUAUCUGGGAAAUGGAGCACCAAAGGAAAAGUGAUAAUUAUAAUGGUGAUGUUCUUUGGUCGUCUUAAGGUAAUCAAAUCAUCUUUGAGAAGAAAGUUAUUCAUGCAAAAUGUAGUUUCCCACAAUUUUUAAUUCACUAGUAAAACUAGCCUUAUGGAACAAAUUUGUAAUAAAAUGUACAAUAAAGCCACAUUAAUUAUACAAAUUGUGGCUUCAUCUUUAAGUAUAUUGAUGAAUUUUAAA